GUAGGGGUGGAUGAGAAGCUGUCCUUACGGCGGGUAGCUGUGGUGGAAGAUUUCUUUGACAUUAUCUAUUCAAUGCAUGUGGAAACAGGGCCAAAUGGAGAACAAAUUCGGAAACAUGCUGGACAAAAGAGAACUUACAAAGCAAUUUCAGAGAGCUAUGCCUUCCUACCAAGAGAAGCGGUGACACGAUUUCUAAUGAGCUGCUCAGAGUGCCAGAAAAGAAUGCAUUUAAACCCAGAUGGAACAGAUCAUAAAGAUAAUGGAAAACCUCCCACGUUGGUGACCAGUAUGAUUGACUACAACAUGCCAAUCACCAUGGCCUAUAUGAAGCACAUGAAACUGCAGCUGCUAAACUCACAGCAAGAUGAGGAUGAAAGUUCAAUAGAAACAGAUGAAUUUGAUAUGAGUGAUUCAACACGGAUGUCCGCUGUGAACUCUGAUCUUAGCUCCAAUCUUGAGGAAAGAAUGCCGAGUCCGCAGACUCUUCCUGGCCAGCUAGAUGAUGAUUCUGCUGCAGAGAGCUUUAAUGGCAAUGAGACUCUGGGGCACAGUUCAAUUGCUUCAGGGGGAACACACAGCAGGGAGAUGGGAGACUCCAACAGUGAGGGCAAAACAGGGCUGGAGCAGGACGAGCAGCCACUGAACCUGAGUGACAGUCCCCUCUCUGCGCAGCUGACUUCAGAAUACAGAAUAGAUGAUCACAGCAGUAAUGGAAAAAACAAAUAUAAGAAUCUUCUAAUUUCUGACCUCAAGAUGGAACGAGAGGCAAGAGAAAAUGGAAGCAAGUCUCCUGCACAUAGUUAUUCAAGCUAUGACUCUGGCAAAAAUGAGAGCGUGGACCGAGGUGCUGAGGACCUAUCACUAAACAGGGGAGAUGAGGACGAAGAUGACCACGAUGACCAUGACGAUUCUGAGAAAGUUAACGAGACAGAUGGUGUUGAAGCUGAGCGACUGAAAGCCUUUAAUAUGUUUGUCAGGCUGUUUGUAGAUGAAAACUUGGACCGAAUGGUCCCAAUCUCUAAGCAGCCCAAAGAAAAGAUCCAGGCUAUCAUUGACUCAUGCAGGCGACAAUUCCCUGAGUAUCAAGAGCGUGCCAGGAAACGUAUACGUACUUACCUCAAGUCCUGCAGGCGGAUGAAAAGAAGUGGUUUUGAGAUGUCUCGACCUAUUCCUUCCCACCUUACUUCAGCAGUUGCAGAGAGUAUCUUGGCUUCAGCCUGUGAGAGUGAGAGUAGAAAUGCCGCCAAGAGGAUGCGUCUGGAUAGACAACAGGGCUCUGGAGGGGGACUGCUAAAUCUGAAUGAUGCCUCCAGUAGUGGACCCACCGAUCUCAGCAUGAAGAGGCAAUUGGCAACUAGCUCAGGAUCCUCCAGCAGUUCAAGUUCCCGACCCCAGCUGAGUCCAACUGAAAUCAAUGCCGUGAGACAGCUUGUUGCAGGAUAUCGAGAAUCAGCUGCAUUUUUAUUGCGUUCUGCAGAUGAACUGGAAAAUCUCAUUUUACAACAGAACUGAGUCAAAUGAUGGCUGUGUUCACAGAGGUCUAAAUUUGCAGUUUCCACUAAUGACAUUUUGAUUUCCCAGCGGAGAUUCUUCUGAUCUUACUGCACAAUCUUUUAAGAGAAAUACUUCCAUUAUACCAAACUGUCCUUGAUCCAUAAAGUGAUGUGUUAAGGUGCUUCAAAGGAACUCUGACCUCUGAAGUACUUGAGAUUCUUUAAUGUGUCCAGCCUAUUGCUUUUUGUCUUAGUGUGUCAGCUAAAUACCGGGGGGCAAAAAAGGCUGUAUAUUUUUAAUUCAAGGAAUAAAACAGAAGAAGUUUGUGGUACAAAAAUCUAGUUCAAGAUCCAACUGAAAUAUUAGUGGAAUUUGCUACUGACUCAUAGGACUGAAAGCUGAAGUAUCUAGCAAAAAAAAAAAAAUCCAAAUUUCUUGUUGCUACAGUAUAUAACAACAAUGAAAAGGAUCUUGUAUUUUAAAAAAUAUGUAAUUUUUAUAAAAAGAAAACUUGUUUUUCAUUCAGAAGUGUCAUUUUUACUUUGGUAACUUUUUCAUAGGUCCUAAAAGAAAACUGUUUUGAGAAAUUACUGUAAGUACCUUUUCCACAUCCCUUUGCCUUCUCCUCUUUCCAAAUUCUUUCUACAAAAUAACAAUGCUGGAAAAAUCCUUGCCUACGUUCUUUAAAUCGUCACUUCAGGAACUACUUCAAGAGAAGCCUGAAUUUCUGCAUUCAUGCUGAUCUCAAAAACCCCGCUCAACACUGCAACUUUACCAUAGCAGUUUUCACCACAGAAUUUUUUAAUAUUAAAAAAGACAUAUCAUUGGGGAAAAAAAAAAAAUCUCACCUUGGUUUCUUAGAGCUGCUCACUCCUGAUUGCCGCUGCUGUCUUACAGGCAUUCCUCCAGCAGCAGUUGGAUAUAGAUGACUGAAUGUUAAGAGGUUGCAAGUGACAAUCUGAAAAUUUGCACUCUUCUGUGUAUUUCUUUUCAUUUCCCUUUCAGAAAUAGUUUCCAAAAGACCAUUACAUCUCCUGAUAUGAUUUGUAUAAUUUACAUUUUUAGCUAAAAAUAACUUAAAGAACUCUCAGCGGAUGCAGCUGCAAGUUACAACGAACUGUUCCCUCCUAUUCCCCAUACUUUACCCUUCUUUCUUAUUUUAUAGUGUUGGAUACACGCGUGAUGUUUCUUUGUGCACUGAGGCAAGCCUAUUUUUAAAAUAUUUAGGGAGAAGUACUUUGUUCAUGCUUCAUGUACAAUUUUUUUCUGUUAUUUAGCUUUGGUUGGAUUACAAAUUCUUUGUAUAUUACUGAAUUUGCCUUAUUUCAUGUAAAAUUUAUGUCAUUCAGUUUUUGACAAUGAGUUUAAGGCAUUAGUGAUAUUUCUUAUCUACUUGUUACAUAUAGUUUUUCAAGUAAUGACUGUGAUUGUGACCAAGUAAUGUGCACUUUUUCUUGUAACUGUGGACAUUGCUAUGCUUUUUUCUUCUAGUGUUUCUAGAAUUACUGUUCCUUCCAGUUAUGUAAACAAAAAACAAACAAAAAAAAAAGAACUUUUGUGAUACUGUUGGUGAAUAUAAUGUGAAAAUCUUAUUGAAAUAUGAGUAUUUUGGAAAUACAUAGAUGCAAAAACAUCUUUUAAGGUGUGGAUUUAGAGUUUGCUUAUUUAAAUGAAAAUUCAAAAAUUGAGGGCUGGUAUAAUUUUCUCUGUUUUGUUUGGUUUAAUAAACAGAUUUCUGUGUUAAAAGAA